GACCUCCUCUUUGUCCAUCUUCUAUAUUUUCCAGCCAAAAAGUUGUCUUAAUCUUCCGCCAGAGGCUCAAGCACUACUUCUUCCAACUAUGACAAGCGUCGUACCAGGCUACAAGGCAUAGCCAAUGCCACUCUUGAAGCUAUCAAACAGGGCUCAUAUACGCUGAACGGGUCCCGGUAUGACCUCCAGUUGACAGUCCACUUUUCAGCUGAGAGAACACGAUACUACGCUCCGGAGUCGAUGCUUCAGCAAGGUCCUUGACAACAUCACCUCAACGCGUCGGCGAUCCACCGCGAGGAGAGUUGUCGAUCAUCGAGGUAUCUACACUCGAGGGAGCGCGCAGUCUCGCUGUUCGAACAUCAUCUGCAGCCACGUCGCCGUUACCCGAUCGCAAAAUCGGAGUGCUCAACUUUGUGUCCGCGAAGAAGCCCGGUGGUGGGUUCCUCACAGGCGCACAAGCGCAGGAAGAGUCCAUCGCGCUCCCCUACAAACUACCCUACCCUCAUCACGCGCACAGCGCAGCAGUUCUACGACCUCCACACCAAGAACCCUCGAGGCGGGUACUACUUGCACGCCAUGAUCUACUCGCCCGCCGUCACGGUGUUUCGCAGCGAUGACGGUGGCUGGAUCGAGCCGUAUAAGAUUGACGUGGUCACAAGUCCUGCUGUCAAUGCGGGUGUGGUACGUCGAGGCGCAGGCGCGAACGUGGAGGGAGAAAUUGCGAGGGUGACGAAAGAGAGGAUGUCGGGAGUCCUGUAUUUGUUCGAGCAGAGCAGUGUACGGGAUCUGGUACUGGGCAGUUUCAGGACCGGCGUCUUUCGCAAUGACGUGUGGGUCGUUGCAAGACUGGAUGGAUAUUCUUGUCGUCGAUGGCGCGGGGUUCAAGGGUUCAUUCGAUCACGUCGUCUUUGCUAUCCUCGCCUGGGAGACCUGCGACGAGUUCCAAAAGACUUUCAAGGAAGGCCACAAAGAUACCUGAACUGCCAUGGGCAUUUUUCUUCUUCUCCUUCAUCCCGGGUAUACCCAUGGCUUCACACCGGACUUGUAGGCAGGAAUAUGACAUUGACACUGACGCUGAGACCCUGGUUGUUGGGAAGUUUUCUGGUGAUGUGA